AUGAAAAUAGAAGAUGUCACUUUCGUAUUUCACAGAUUUGAAAAAUACACCCAAGAUUUUGUGAAAGAAAUUUUGGAUUUAUGGAAUAUUCAUCGACCAAAUGUGAGUGAAAUUCUAAAAAUUUAGUUGUCAGAAAGUGUUUUAUCAAUUUUUUGCAGCUUGCUGUUCAAUUGGGAAAACAUGAGAACGAAACAAAUUUGGUUGAAUUUGAAAAGUUUGGAUGUGAUUAUGAUGCAAAACAUAUUAAUUUGGAUUCGAGACUUGAUUGUGAUAAAAUAGUCGAAAGAUUGAAUGAGAAAAACGAUGGAUUGAAAUAUGUGAAAACCGAGAAAACACAUGUUGACUUUUGUAGUUUUUCACAUUUUUUGGUAAUGAACAAAAGUCAAAAGAAAAGUCUGGCAAUAUAUGUUCCGACUUUGAAGUAAGUUAUUUUUCACUUUGUCUGUCAACAAAUUUUGAAUCAUUUUUUUUCAGUGACCAAAAAAUUAUCGAAUCUGUCAGCGAUGCAGUAAAAAUUGUAUUAAAUAAAUGA